AUGACGACCCCCCAUUCCCGCGAGUCGCGAUCGGUGCGAUCGGGGCGCAACGAAGGUGGCUACUCGAGCGAGCUUAUACUGGGCAAGUACUCCAUGAUAGAGGAAAUAGGAAAAGGCAGCUUUGCAACAGUCUACCAAGGCAUUCAUAUUAAACAUCGAACCUAUGUCGCCAUCAAAGCUGUUAACAUAGGGCCUCUUAAUAAGAAACUCAAGGACAAUCUGAAGAUGGAGAUUGAAAUCUUGAAGGGCCUUCAGCAUCCUCAUAUCGUCUCUCUCAUAGAUUGUGAUGAGUCAUCCCCCUCCUGUAUUCACUUAGUUAUGGAAUACUGUGCUCUCGGAGAUCUCUCCCUUUUUAUCCGAAAGCGGGAUACCUUACGACAACAUGAGUUAACCCGUGAUAUGAUUGCCAAAUAUCCCAACCCUUCUGUUGGCGGCCUGAAUGAAGUCAUUGUCCGCCAUUUCUUGAAGCAGCUUGCCAGUGCGCUACAGUUUCUCCGAUCUAAGGACCUGAUUCAUCGUGAUCUCAAACCACAGAACCUCCUCCUGAACCCGUCCCCUAGCUCAUAUACAAAAGGCCUUCUCAGAAUAAUGCCCUAUAAAACUAGGAGUGAUUCAUUUACCCCUUUAGUAGGGGUUGCGUCAUUACCUAUGCUUAAGAUAGCCGAUUUCGGGUUUGCGCGGUCACUUCCUUCCACCUCGCUGGCAGAAACUCUUUGCGGCUCUCCUCUUUAUAUGGCCCCGGAAAUCCUUAGAUACGAAAAGUAUGAUGCCAAAGCCGAUCUUUGGUCGGUUGGUACCGUUUUAUUCGAAAUGCUUUUAGGACGCUCCCCUUUCAGAGCCGGAAACCAUGUCGACUUGCUUAGGAAGAUAGAAAAAAAUGAGGACAAGAUACGGUUUCCAUCGCAGACUGAAGUAUCGGAGCCCAUGAAGACGCUGAUACGUAGCCUUUUGAAACGAAACCCGGUAGAGAGAGUGAGCUUCAACGACUUCUUUGCCUCAUCAGUUGUUCAAGGCGAUAUACCCGGACUCGCCGAAGAAGAUAUACGGGAACAGAUCACAACACCUUUAAGUAUCGCUCUACAAGCGGCUCAGAAUGAUCCUUUCGCGACUCGUUCAGGAAGAGAGCCCAACUUGGAGGACUCUCGACUACUUAAUAAAAUCGCUACUCCCUCUCGACGACUUUCAGGGAAUUACACCCGUCAACCUAUAAACACCGCCAAGAAAUUCGAAAAGACGGAUUUGCAGCGGGUAGCUGUUACAGCGAGAAAAUCUAUCAUAACGGCUUCUGCCUCUGUAUACGAAGAUUGCCAAACUAGAGACGAUAGGGAAUAUCCCGGACCGUCUAGCCUACCAAAGGACAGCGUUAUGAGGAGAAAGAUCUCGUCAGAGAAAGAGGCCCAGGCUAUCUUGGAGAGAGAACGGGCUGAAAUUGACCUUGCUCUCGAACAGGAUUACGUCGUGGUGGAGAAGAGAGCUGUUGAAGUAAAUGCUUUUGCUGACGAAUUAGCUGCCAGUCCCCGUUUGCAACAACACCAUGCCACAGGGAAGCACUCUGGCGCUCUUGUUCGUCGUGCAACUACCACAGCUACCCCACAAGUAUCUAGUUCUCCUCGUGAUUCCCCAUCCCGAGCAGUGCCCAUUGCAUACAGUAAAUCUCGCUCUGGAUCAAUUCAUCAACGCCAUGCAUCGUAUGACCCAAGAUACGGUCCUAGCCCGACAUCUGCAACUUCCGCCAUAUCUAAAGCAAUCAAGCAGGCGAGUGGACGGCUUUUUGGGUACAGCUUCUCUCCGCCUUUAAACCAAAAUAAGGCAGGGCGGUCUCCGCCUAUCACGUAUAAUUCGUACCCAUCCUGCCUAGUGGGUCAAAGCAAGCGGACGCAGCCUGUAGACGAAGAGGGGAAAUUCGCUGCAGAUCUUGAGGCCUUGGGAAACCGGUGCAAUGUCGUUUUAGGCUUUGCUGAAGUGAAGUAUGAACAAAUAUUCCUAUCUCCAGCUAAAGAUUCAACUGUCAAUCCUCCAAAUAACCAAGAAGCUGCGGAAUCCUCCGAAGCUGGUGAUACUGGUAUGACCCCUGAUGCAACGUUCUCCGUUGCGGAAGAAGCUCUUGUUCUUUAUCUAAAAACCCUGGCAUUACUUGCUAAGGUACUGGAUAUUGCUGGCGCGUGGUGGGUACAAAUAAACUAUGGCGAAAAUCUUGGAAAAUACCCAGGUGUCAAUACAGGUAUUCGUGUCAAUAAUGUUGUUCAGUGGGCUAGAAACCAGUUCAAUGAAGUGCUACAAAAAGCAGAGGGAUCGCGACAAGGACUACUGGAUGCUCAGCAAAAAUUACCGGUAGACCACCCAUACCAUGCUAACCAAGUCGGAAUUCAACACAUCGACCCCAUUGCCCAGUCUCCUGACCAAGCUAUUCUGAGCUCUGGUAUCACUGCCGAGAAAUUACUUUACGACAGAGCACUCGAGCUAAGUAAGUCAGCCGCGAUUAGUGAGCUUACUGGCGAAGAUUUUUAUACCAGUAAGAUCAUGUAUGGGACGGCAAUACAGAUGCUCGAGGCGGUGUUGGAAGGAGAAGAUAUACCUCGCUUAAGAAGUGAUCAAUCCAGCGAAGCGGCAAAUCCGUCAGUAAAUGAUGAUGAUUUAGAAAUGUCGAGCAUACAGAGUGAGGACCGAGAAAUUGUCACAAAAUUGAUUAACAGUGUACGCACACGAAUGGCAGCACUCCAUAAGAAGAUAAAAAUGAAAGAACAGGCUGCUUCACCGAUGCUACCACCUCUACGAGGAACAAACUCUCCAAAGGCGGUCGCAUCUCCAAUAAUACCUCACGCCUCUUCGCGUUGA